AUGGCGUCUACGAUGAAUUUUGAAGUCCCACCGGCAUUGACUGAAUAUAUUGCCCAUCUUGAGGAGUUUAUUGAGCGCGAGAUUACACCGCUGCAGAAACAAGAUGAUAAUGAUCGCUUCUUUGACCAUCGCCGCGAGCAUAGCAGGACUGACUGGGAUCGUGGCGGACUUCCACGAGAUGAGUGGGAGGACUUGCUAGGCGAAUGUGCUCGUCGAGCUGACAAGGCUGGCUUUUUCCGCUUCUCACUACCCAAAAAAUAUGGUGGACAGAACGACGAAACUGGCCGUGGCAGUAACUUGUGGAUGGCUGUUAUUCGAGAGCAUUUGGCUAGUAAGGGUCUAGGACUGUUCAAUGACCUGCAGAACGAACACAGUGUCGUUGGCAACUUUCCAGACGUGAUCAUGGUCCAACACUUCGGCACAGAGGAGCAGAAGAAGGAACUGAUCGAAGGGAGGCUACAACGCAAGGUCAGGAUCACGUUUGGUCUCACCGAGCCCGGCCAUGGCAGUGAUGCCACAUUCAUGGCUACCAAGGCAGUCAAACAGAAUGACGGCAGUUAUAUCAUCAACGGCGGCAAGAUGUGGCAAACCGGAAUGCACAAAGCUACGCACUGCUUCAUCUUUGCUCGUACUGGUGGCAAGGACGGCCAGGCCAACGGCAUUACUUGCUUCGUCGUGCCGCGACAAACGCCAGGGAUCAAAGUCGAAAGCUACGAGUGGACUCUCAACAUGCCUACAGACCAUGCCACAGUCUCUUUGGAAGACGUUCAUGUUCCUGCGUCAUGCAUCAUGGGUCCGGUCGAUGGCGGUCUAGCAGUAGCUCAGGCCUUCGUCCACGAGAACCGCAUCCGACAAGCAGCAUCGAGUCUGGGAGCAGCAGUCUACUGUAUCAACCAGUCCGUCCAAUAUGCCAAACAGCGUCAGCCCUUCGGCAAGCCUCUAGCUGCAAACCAGGCUAUCCAGUUCCCUCUCGUCGAGCUUGCAACACAAUGCGAGAUGCUUCGACUUUUGAUCCGCUGCACGGCCUCGGCUAUGGACAAGAUGCCCCACGUUGAAGUAGAGCAUAGAAUCGGCGACAAGGUAAGUAUGUGCAAUUACUGGGCGAACAGAUUGUGUACCGAAGCUGCAGAUCGGGCGAUACAGGUUCAUGGUGGAUGGGGCUACAGCCGACACUGCCAGUUCGAGCAUAUCUGGCGGCAUCACAGGCGGUACAGGAUCACCGAGGGUAGUGAGGAGAUCCAGAUGCGGAAGGUUGCUGGGUAUUUGUUUGGCUUUACUGGGCCGAAGAAGGAGGUCACUGCGUCAAAAUUGUAG